CGUGAUUAUCUUCGGCAAGAGCUACUUGCCCGCUACAGCACGCGGGUUAAAGAACUCUUUUCUUCUUUGGGAAUUGAAUAUAAUGUCUUGGAGCUUGAUCAAGUUGAUGAAGGAUCCAGCAUUCAAGAAGUUCUGUUCGAGAUGACUAAUCAGCAGACGGUGCCCAGUGUCUUUGUGAAUAAAGUUCACGUGGGUGGAUAUGAUCGAACUUUCCAGGCACACCAAAGUGGUUUGUUGAAGAAGCUCCUGCAGGAAGAGACAGGCUAUGACUAUGACCUCAUUGUCCUGGGCGGAGGUUCUGGGGGCCUGGCCUGCUCUCAGGAGGCUGCAAUUUUGGGCAAGAAAGUUAUGGUGCUGGACUUCGUGGUCCCAACUCCUCAUGGUACAUCCUGGGGUCUUGGCGGGACAUGUGUCAAUGUGGGCUGUAUCCCGAAGAAACUGAUGCAUCAGGCUGCCCUUUUGGGUCAGGCACUCAUUGACUCAAGGAAAUAUGGCUGGGAGUACAGCAAACAAGUGAAGCACAACUGGGAGACCAUGACAGAAGCCAUCCAGAACCAUAUCAGCUCUCUGAACUGGAGCUACAGGUUGUCUCUGAGAGAAAAGUCCGUGACCUAUGUCAAUGCAUACGGAGAAUUUGUGGAAAGCCAUAAAAUAAAGGCAAUCAAUAGAAAACGACAAGAAACUUUUUAUACUGCUGCAAAAUUUGUUAUUGCUACAGGCGAAAGACCACGGUAUUUAGGAAUUCCAGGAGAUAAAGAAUACUGUAUUACUAGUGAUGACCUUUUUUCUCUGCCUUAUUGCCCUGGCAAAACGUUAGUAGUGGGCGCCUCCUACGUCGCCUUGGAGUGUGCAGGAUUCCUUGCUGGCCUCGGCUUAGAUGUCACGGUCAUGGUGCGCUCCAUCCUUCUCCGCGGCUUUGACCAGGAAAUGGCAGAGAAAGUGGGUUCCUACAUGGAACAGCAUGGUGUUAAGUUCUUGAGAAGGUUUAUACCUGUCUCGAUUCAUCAGGUGGAGAAAGGCUCACCUGGAAAGCUCAAAGUAGUGGCUAAAUCUACUGAGGGACCAGACAUGAUUGAAGAAAUAUAUAAUACGGUUUUGUUAGCAAUUGGCCGUGACUCUUGCACCAGGAAAAUAGGUUUGGAGAAGAUUGGUGUCAAAAUGAAUGAGAAGAACGGCAAAAUCCUGGUCAAUGACGUGGAGCAGACCAGUGUGGCCCAUGUGUAUGCUGUUGGAGAUGUGCUGGAGGGUAAAUUGGAGCUCACUCCUGUUGCCAUCCAGGCUGGCAAGCUGCUGGCCAGAAGGCUCUUUGGGGGUCAUUUGGAAAAGUGUGAUUAUAUCAAUGUUCCAACAACCGUGUUUACACCCUUGGAAUAUGGCUGCUGUGGGCUAUCUGAAGAGAAAGCAAUCGAAAUGUAUAAAAAAGAAAAUCUGGAGGUAUAUCAUACUUUGUUCUGGCCUCUUGAGUGGACUGUAGCCGGCAGAGACAACAAUACCUGCUACGUAAAGGUCAUCUGCAAUAAAUUUGACAAUGAUCGGGUGAUAGGAUUUCAUCUUCUCGGGCCAAACGCUGGUGAAAUCACCCAAGGGUUUGCGGCUGCAAUGAAAUGUGGACUCACAAAACAGCAGCUGGAUAGCACCAUUGGAAUUCACCCUACAUGUGGUGAGAUAUUCACAACGCUGGAAAUCACGAAGGCCUCUGGCCUGGAAAUCACACAAAAGGGCUGCUGAGGUUAGCCCCGCUGCUGCCAGCUCCUCGUCCCAUCCCGUUUCUCCCCAAGAUGAUGCUCUUGGAGGAGGUGGGUCUGCCCAUGGGCACCUGCCAUGUCGUGCAGGCACCUGGGCAGGCUUCCCUCCGGAGUAUGGAGAGAAACCAAAGACAAGGAGAGGAGAGGACAGCAGCGGGUAGAUGCCCACAGACCCAGCUGAUGGGGAGGGGCAGUGAGCAAGCUGCCUCCUUGACGUCUGAGCUCGGAACCCCACUUCGAGGUGAGCUGAGACCGACCCUCUUCCAAGCCAGGGUGGUGCUGCCGAUCCAGAGUCACACCACGGACUCCGGUUACUUCCUGAUUGUUAGUUACCUUUGCUUUGUUAUUUGCUUAAAGCUGUUUCUUGUUCAUGAAACCAGCUCUCAAAUAGUCUCUCUGAGUGCUUGGCAUGACGAUGGUGUGUGGAUGCCAGUGUCUGUCAUGCGGGGAGUAGCUAGCAGCAGUGGCACUGGGGUAUCAAGUAGGGGUGUAUGCCUGCUUAGAGUGAGGGCUUUCGCUUUCCUACCUCCUGGUCUUCCCACAUUUGUUGCUACUUCCUUCUCCAGCUGCCCACCUCGUUUUGGCUCAUACACACUUCUGUUUCUUUUCAUGUUAUUUCUCGAAUAAUAUUAAAAUGUUUUGGUACAA